AUGGGGCUUUCUAAGACCAACAGGAUCAUCAUCCUGCUGGUUAUCGACACUGUGUUCUUCCUACUGGAACUUAUUACAGGCUAUGCCGUGCACUCCCUUGCUCUUGUGGCCGACUCCUUUCACAUGCUUAAUGAUGUCAUUUCCCUCUGCGUUGGACUAUGGGCCGUCAAGGUCGCCAAUCGCGAAUCGAACUCGAAGAUGUACACCUAUGGUUGGCAACGCGCCGAAACUCUCGGUGCGCUAGUCAACGGCGUGUUCCUGGUCGCCUUGUGUAUGUCGAUUUUCUUAGAAGCGAUUCAAAGAUUGGUGGAACCCCAGGAGGUCCAAAACCCGAAAUUUGUCUGCGUUGUCGGCUGUUUUGGACUGCUUUCCAACAUUGUGGGGUUGGCAUUAUUCCACGAUCAUUCCCACGGUGGCCAUGGCCAUAGCCAUGACCAUGGUCACGGACACGAGGAGGACGUGGAUGCAGCGGAGCGGGGAUCCAGUGACCACCACCACACAGCGGACGAGCGCGAAGCCCUUGUGCCCCCGAAUGUUCAUGGAACUGGGAUACGGGACAUCGAGCCGUCCUCUCCAUCACGCAAUCGCCGUGGUACUCAAAGCCGCUUCUCUCCGCGAUACAGUACUUCGGCUGGAUGUGGACCCACCAACGUGGACGACAUCUACGUGCACCCUGCGACUCUGCGGCAGGAUAUCAUUGCCGCUAGUCACGGUCAGUUCGACAAUGAAGAGUCUUCGGAUUCUGAUGACCAAGACGACGAAAGCCUAAACGAGCGAUCUGGUCUUUUAAGCCACCGCGAUGGUGCCUCUAACUACACCGAUGAGAAUGGUGGCCUGUUCAAAGUUCCCAACCACUUGGUCGAGGAUGAUGUCCACAAGGGCCACAACCAUGCUAAGCCCAAGCCUAAGAGUCAGAAGGGCGGCCAUGGCCAUGGCCAUGACCUGAACAUGCGUGGCGUCUUCCUCCACGUUAUGGGAGAUGCGCUUGGUAACAUCGGCGUCAUUGCUUCUGCCCUGAUCAUCUGGUUGACUGACUACGAUUGGCGCAACUAUGUGGAUCCUGGCAUCUCUCUUGCGAUCACAGUCAUCAUUCUUGUAUCUGCUAUUCCCCUGUGCAAGGCCGCCUCUCGCAUUCUGCUGCAAGCUGCCCCCGCUGGCCUAAGCAUCGAUCAUAUCAAGGAGGAUAUCGAGGGCCUUCCAGGUGUUAUUGGCUCUCACCACCUGCACGUCUGGCAGUUGAGUGACACCAAGAUUGUCGCCUCGAUCCAUAUCCAGGUUGAUACCGAAAUCAAGGGUGAGGGGUCUGAGAGAUACAUGCGCCUCGCGCGACAGAUUCGCCGGUGUCUUCACGCCUAUGGCAUCCAUUCUUCCACUAUCCAGCCAGAAUUCGCCCCUGAUAGCGACGCUGAAGAUAACCAGAACCAGACCCAGCCUUCAUCCUCUCGAUCAACCACUGAAGUCCCUGACAUGCCUAGCCGCACAGCCAGCGUAAGGGAAGGCGCUCCCCAGGGCUGCCUCCUGGAAUGCGACGACAACUGCGCCCGUGGAGGGCCAGUGCUGCCCCAAAACGUCGACGUGAUUUGA